AUGUCGCAUUUCAAUCCCGAGGAUAACCGGUUUCCUUCGGGACCUCCGCACCGACCUGUUCCUCGCCGCGAUGACCGGGACGGCCGAAUGUACGACGAUCGCUCGCCUUCCCGAUCGCGCUCGCCUGGCGGUAUUACGCCCUCCUCCCCGCAAACCAGUAGCACAGGGCAAAGGCUAUGCUUUGAUGAACCAAAGAUUUGCCCCACUCUCCUCCGCGGGGACCAGCUUCAGAGCGAAGAGGAGACCAUACCAGAGAUCGACCCAACUCUAGACCUCGUUACCGCAGCCGGGACCGCGAUGACUAUCGCCGCCGCUCCUCGCGUUCCCCUCCACCGCGGCGCGGCAGACCAGCGUACAGGGACCGCGAUCGCGAGGGCUACCGCUCCCCCGGAUACGGUAGCCGGAGCCGAAGCUACAGUCGCAGCCGCAGUCGCAGCCCCCGCCGAGGCCGGCAUUCGCAUUACGGGCAAGAGAGUCGGGAGGUGA